AACAAAAAAUUAAAUAGUACUUCUCUCCAGAGUGCUCAUCUUUUUUCUUUAAACAGUUCUUAGAAAUCUAUCAAAAUUUCUUUUACAAAUUUAGAUUUUCUUAUGGCUCUCUCAAUUACCUCAGCUGAGAGGGCCAUAACAGAUGGACAUCCAUGCAGUAAGGAAUAUUUGGAAAGAAUAAUGCGAGAAUAUGAAAAAGAUGAAACAUUUACGAUCAAAAAAAUGACAAGUUCGAAAGCGUUGAACGAAGGUGAUAAUUAUAUUGCUGAGUUUUUUCGAGUAAAAAUUGAAGCUGUAAUUACUGUAGAUGGUACAGAAAAAGAAAUUGUAAAAAGUGUUAUCGUAAAAAAACCUUAUCGUGAUGAAAAAAAUGUACCACCAUCAAUUUUUAAAUUCGAAUCAAUGGUUUAUAAUAAUGUAUUGAAUAAUAUCGAAAAAACUUUCGAGUCUAAAUUACCUGUGAUUCAAAGCAUCAGAGCUGAUGAAGGAAUUGUAGUCACAGAAGAUUUUCGAGAUGGUGGAUGGAUGCUAUCAAAUCGUCGCGAGGGCAUGAAUCAACAGCAAACGGAACAAGUCAUGAAGGCAUUAGCGAAAUUCCACGCUGCAUCGAUUGUUCUAUCAGUAUCCCAAUCGGACAAGUUUCAAGAAUUAUCCCAAUACGUUCAGGAUCAAGUUUAUUCAAAGGAAAACGAAGAAGUUUGUAAGAAAACAUUAGCUGAUUCAUAUGAAAUUACACGUUAUUUCGCUGAAGAAUAUUUACCAAAGGCAAAUGUUGAAGAAGCUACUGUUAUUAAAAAAUUUAUGAAAUACACAUCAGAUGAAAUGUAUAUUCACGCAAGAAAGGCAACAAACGAAACACCUCAUUUUGCUAAGGUUUUCGUUCAUGGUGAUUGUUGGGCAAAUAAUAUAAUGUUAAAAGAAGAUGGCUCUGGAGAUCAUGCACUAUUAAUAAACAUCUCAACAGUUUGCCUAACAAGUCCAGCUCGUGAUUUAGUUUAUGUGUUUGCCACAAAUUCUCAACAAGUCAAUAAAACAGCAUUAAUUCAAGUAUACGUUCAAGAACUACACAAACAUUUAAUCGCGCAUAAAAUUUCCGAAGAUGUUAUUAAACAAUUCAGUACAGAAUUCAUUGAAUCCGAAGUCAAACGUUUAGAAAUUGUUGCACUUUUAACAUCAAUGUGGUUAUUGGUACCAAUUAGUUAUACAUCAUUUCCAACAGUUGAAGAAUACAAUAAAGCAGAAAGAAAAGAUAAACCAAAAUUAGUUGGAAAACAUAUUGAUAAAGAAUUUUAUACACGUCGAUUAGUUGAAGUACUUCUUGAGUAUGCAAAAUAA